CGCGCGGGCUGAGGCCUCACUGCGCCUCCUCCGCCUGCGCGCGACCGCUACGGACUCUCGGGGCGGGGCCGACAGGAGCCCGGCCGCUCUUUGCCUCCUCCGCGAGCUCCACUUCCCUCUGAUUGGCGAACGGGCGCCAUCCCCCGGUCGCUUGUCGGACGUCACGGGCGGGAUUUGAUGACGUCGCCCCGGCAUUCCACAUCCAAGAUGGCCGCCGUCCACCCGGAGAGCCGUCGUUGAGGAGCUUUCGUGAAGCGCGGGGAUCCUAACGUUUUCAGAGAAUCUCUGGAAAGAGCACGUCAACUUCAAUAAAUGAAGGAGAAUAAGGAGAAUUCAAGCCCCUCAGUCGCAUCGGCAAACCUGGACCACACGAAACCAUGCUGGUACUGGGAUAAGAAGGACCUGGCCCACACGCCCUCGCAGCUGGAGGGCCUCGAUCCCGCCACUGAGGCCCGGUAUCGACGAGAGGGCGCCCGCUUCAUCUUUGAUGUGGGCACGCGCCUAGGACUGCACUAUGACACGCUGGCCACUGGGAUCAUUUAUUUUCAUCGCUUCUAUAUGUUUCAUUCCUUCAAGCAGUUUCCGCGAUAUGUGACAGGAGCUUGUUGUCUCUUCCUGGCUGGUAAAGUGGAGGAAACGCCCAAGAAAUGUAAAGACAUCAUCAAAACCGCACGCAGCCUGCUCAACGAUGUGCAGUUUGGCCAGUUUGGAGACGACCCCAAGGAAGAGGUCAUGGUUCUGGAGAGAAUCCUGCUGCAGACCAUCAAGUUUGACCUGCAGGUGGAGCACCCCUACCAGUUCCUGCUCAAGUAUGCCAAGCAGCUCAAAGGUGAUAAAAACAAAAUUCAGAAGUUGGUUCAGAUGGCCUGGACAUUUGUGAAUGACAGUCUCUGCACCACCUUGUCGCUGCAGUGGGAGCCGGAGAUCAUCGCGGUGGCGGUGAUGUACCUCGCGGGCCGCCUGUGCAAAUUCGAGAUCCAGGAGUGGACGUCGAAGCCCAUGUACAGGAGGUGGUGGGAGCAGUUCGUCCAGGAUGUGCCCGUGGAUGUCCUGGAAGACAUCUGCCACCAGAUCCUGGACCUCUACUCGCAAGGGAAACAGCAGAUGCCACACCACACCCCCCACCAGCUGCAGCAGCCGCCCUCUCUCCAGCCCGCGCCACAAGUGCCACCUCCACAGCCGUCUCAGGGCCCGGAGCCGCCCCAGCCCCCGCAGAAGGAGCCACCGCAGCCGCCGCAGCCACCGCAGCCGCCACCGCCGGCCCAGCCUCCCAAGAAACCGUCCCCGCAGCCCAGUCCACCCCGGCAGGCAAAGCGGGCCGUGGUUUCUCCCAAAGAAGAGAGCAAAUCGUCAGAGCCACCGCCGCCUAAAAUCCCCAAACUGGAGACCACUCACCCCCCGUUGCCCCCGGCCCACCCACCACCAGACCGGAAGCCGCCCCUCGCGGCCGCCCUGGGCGAGGCGGAGCCGGCAGGCCCCGCGGACUCAGCCGAGCUCCCCAAAGUGCCGCUGCCGCCGCCCGCGCCGCCCGCCCCGGUGCACCAGCCGCCGCCGCUGCCUCACCGGCCGCCGCCGCCGCCGCCCGCCAACUACAUCACGGGCAUGUCCACCACCAGCUCGUACAUGUCCGGGGAGGGCUACCAGAGCCUGCAGUCCAUGAUGAAGACCGAGGGGCCCGCCUACGCCGCCCUGCCGCCCGCCUACGGGCCCCCCGCACACCUGCCCUACCACCCGCACGUCUACCCCCCCAACCCACCGCCGCCGCCUGUGCCCCCUCCCCCCGCCUCCUUCCCGCCACCCGCCAUCCCCCCGCCCACGCCCGGCUACCCGCCGCCCCCUCCGGCCUACAACCCCAAUUUCCCGCCCCCGCGCCUGCCCCCCACCCACGCCGUCCCGCCGCACCCGCCCCCCGGCCUGGGCCUGCCCCCGGCCAGCUACCCGCCCCCGGCCGUGCCCCCGGGCGGCCAGCCCCCGGUGCCCCCUCCGAUCCCCCCGCCCGGCAUGCCUCCUGUGGCCGGGCUGGGGCGGGCCGCCUGGAUGAGAUAGCGGGGCCUUCUGCUCUCUGUAGUGAGCAGUUUGGUGGGAGCAGAGGGUGUAGUCCGCGGCAGACCAGGCCGACCCGCCCGAGAGAGGCCCCUCCGUAGCCCGUCCAUCUGGGGGCCAUCUGGGGUCAGGCUGCUGUCGCCACCUUUCUGGGACUCCUGCCUGUGACCCCCUGGGCCCACAGCCCCUUCCUGCUGAAGGGGUGUCCUGGCCUCUCCCGAGAGGGGGAGAGGUGUGCUUGGAAAGGAAUGUCUGUUUACAUCCAUCCACAGAGAUCUAUUUUUCAAGUGUGACUAUAACAGCCUACUGUGAAUUCCAUCUUGGUUACAAACGAGACUCCUUCAGUCACCCCAAUAAAGCUGUUGUGAAAUGCA